UUCCUCUUCUCUCGUCUCUCGCGACGUUUCUAGGGUUCUUCUGCUUAGUACGAGAUUUUGCAAAAACUUUCUUUAAUGGGUAUUGUUAUAUUCACCGAAUCGUUGCUAAUCUGUUUCCGAUUAUGUGUGAUAUGAUAUUUCGUGGCUUCUUUUGAAACUCUGUUAUAUCCUGUUUUUGGUUCAGUAAACAAUCCUCUGAACCUAUUUUGUCUUUUGCUUCUCUGAUUGUUUCUGUAGUGGAAGAAUCUCUCUCAAAGACAUGGAGUCUAAUAAGGAAGAAGAAGCUAAAAGAGCAUUGGAUAUUGCUGAUAGGAAGCUUUCAAAGAAUGAAUAUAACAGAGCGAAAAGAUAUGCUAAGAGGGCUCAACGUUUGUAUCCAAAGCUCAGCGGUUUGGAACAAGUCUUGGUAAUGAUCGAUGUUUAUAUCUCUGCAUCAAACAAGAUCAAUGGAGGAACAGAAGAACCUGAUUGGUACAGAAUUCUCGGUGUAGAUUCUUUAUCUGAUGAUGAAGUUGUCAAGAAACGAUACAAGAAGUUGGCUCUUUUGCUUCAUCCGGACAAGAACAGGUUUAAUGGUGCUGAAGGCGCGUUUAAGCUUGUUCUACAAGCUUGGGAUCUAUUAUCUGAUAAAUCUAAGAGAAUUUCUUAUGAUCAAAAGAGGAAAUCAAAACAAGUUAGGAGAACACAGAAGCAUAAACCAACAGAGCCAGACAAGCCAGCUUCUUCUUAUAGACCUACGCCUACACCUGAGCCUAAGCCUAGGCCUACGCCUAAUAGGCCUAAGCCUAGCCCUGAGCCUGAUAUUCCUAUGCCUAUGCCUACUAGGCCUAAACCUAAGCCUAAGCCUGAUAUUUCAUUGACAACGGUGAAAGUCGGAACCUUUUGGACAGUUUGCAAUAGAUGCAAGACAUAUUGUGAAUUUAUGAGGGCUAGUUGUCUUAAUAGGACCAUACCUUGUCCAAACUGCGGUAAGUAUUUCAUUGCAACCGUGAUACCUUCAGAGUUAAUCAAUGGGAGGCUAGUCAUCAGACUGAGUCCUUCUAAUCAGUCAACAUGGAAAAGCACAAGUGAUACUUCUUCAACUUCAGCAAUGGCAAAAGCUGCACCCGAAAGAGUGAAAAGAUGGUUUAACCCUAUGCCUGAGCUUGAUUCUUCGACGGAAAAAGAGAUAAAACUCGGUACCUUUUGGACAGUGUGCAAUAGAUGCAAGACACAUUGUAAGUUGGUGAGGGCUAAUUAUCUUAACAAGACCUUCCCUUGUCCAAACUGUAGUCAGGAAUUCGUUGCGGCCGAGAUGAUUAUAGAGAUAAUCAAUGGCGGUCCAGUCAUCAAAUUGAGUCCCUCUGUUCAGUCAAAUAGCAAAAGUAGCAAAAGGACAAGUGCAGCUUCUUCCACAACCUCAGCAUCUGAUAACGCAAAGACUGCAUAUCAAAAAGAAGACGUUUUGAAAAGAGAAAACAUUGAUCCUGAUGUUGCAUCUGCUGCUACUGGAGGAAAUGUACAGGAAGCAGAGACCCUUUUCAAGGAGCCGAUGACAACAGGAAAUGAAAACUCUACUACUGAAGCAGGUAAUGUAAAAGAAGCAGAGACUCUUGUCGAGGAGCCGGUGACAACAGGCAAUGUAAACUCUACUCCUGAAGCAGAGAGACUUUUCAAGAAGCCGAUGAAAACAGGAAAUGCCAACCCUAGUCUUGAAGCAGAGAGACUUUUCAAGAAGCCGAUGUCUACAGGAGACGAAAACUCUACUCAUGAAGCUCAAAGGCUUUUCAAAAAGCCGAUGACAACAGGAAAUGCAAACUCUAAUCUUGAAGCGCAGAGAUGCUUUUUGAGGAUAUGGCAACGGGAAAUGCAAUCUCGACUCUUGAAGUAGAGAGGCUUUUCAAACACAUGAUAGAUGUGAAUUAAGAAGUAAGACAUGUGUUUUGUGUUUUGGUAUGCAUCAGUAAUAGUUUUUUAUUUGAUCUUGUGAAACUUGAAUUUACGAGUUAACCUUUUGAUUGAAAUCUAUUUUUUUUUAUUGAAUUCAUUCAUCUCAAUCUGCUGCUAGCCACAACUUCAUUUCUGUUAAGGUAAAUCUGUUCUCUUAUCUGUCCUUUCUCCACUUACAUAAAGGCUCUUUCUUCUUAUGUUCACUCUCAUAAUUCAUAUAAUGACCUAACGAACUACACAUAAUUGAGAUUAUAGUUAGAGAAUGAAGCGGCUUAAUUACAUCAU